CUAACUCUUUUACCAAAUCAACACCAUCACAAUCAUGAACAGCCAAGUAGCACUUCGGUUUUAUGCCAAAAGCAACUAGUCUUGUGAUUGAAUCUACUCGCUUAUCAUUUAUCCAUCUCUUGCAUUUCAUCCUCCUGCGCGCAGCCCUGCAAUGGCGAUUUCUGGCGCAUUUCAUCCUCCUGCUGCUCUGCAAGCCUUAGCUGUAUUCUUUGCAUUGCUUGCUGUUCUUGUUGCAGACGCAGAGGGGCGGCAUCAUGUACAUGACUGUCCUCCAUUCUCUUGUGGAAAUCUUAGGGACGUAUCUUCUCCUUUCCGUCGGCGAGGUGAUCCACCUGAUUGUGGCGUUCAAUCCUACGAGCUAGUCUGCACUGAUGACGAGGCUACAAUUCGCAUUGGCAGAGGAACCUACAACGUGGUUAGCAUCAACUAUACUGCUUCCAACUUCUGGGUUGUCGAGUCCAACUUGGGAGCUCAGAGCAGCUGCCUUCUUCCUCGGUGGAGUCGCCAUGCUCUCGAAUACAGGUCACACCGCAGUGUCGAACUGGCUCCGUCUAGAUGGACGACAUGGGCGACCUUUGUGAAUUGUUCGCGGCCAAUAGAGAACAAUGGUAUGUACAAGCCAGUCGCUUGCCUGAGCACCAACUCUUCUUUCAUCUAUGUGAUGACUGGGUUUUUCUCUUCUUCCGCCGAAAAUUUUGAGCUCUCGUGCGGUUACCUGGCCAUGACUCCUUUGGGUGCUGCGUUCACGGUAGUUGCCAACAAUGCAAGCUAUGCAGAUAUCCUGAAACUCAUGAGCAAAGGAUUUGCCGUUCAAUUUCCUUACAUGGACGGGGACUUUAGACAAUGCCUUGCGGAAGCAACAAGCGAAUUCCAUGAACCAACAGAUAAUACAGGCAUCAAGGAUCGUAUUGUUGGCAUUCUUAUUGUUGACAACGGUUUCUGGCAAUGCAAAAUCGAACAAUUUAGGUUUCCUCACAAUGCUGCUGCAUUGGUGCUCGCUGGCCCAGCAAUAGCGUUUCCUACUGUGAUGUGGUUCCUGAAGUUUAUUAUUGUGAUUUGCAGGUUCGUUUUGGCGCCGCUAGCAAUGUUUACCUUCCUUGCCCACAUAUAUUGCAAAACAAGAAUAACAAUGGAUGCAGUCGAGAAAUUUCUGCGGAUGCAACAAAUCCUCACUGGUCCAUUGAGAUAUGCCUACACAGAUAUCGUUGCAAUCACAAGUCAUUUCAGAGAGAAGCUCGGCCAAGGAGGAUACGGCUCCGUGUACAAGGGUGUCCUACUACCAGGAAAUGUACACAUUGCCGUCAAGAUGCUCGGAAACUCCAACUGCAACGGAGAAGAGUUUAUCAGUGAGGUAGCCACCAUUGGCAGGAUCCACCAUGUCAAUGUGGUGCGUCUCGUGGGGUUCUGCUCAGAGGAAAUGAGGAGGGCACUCCUCUACGAGUACAUGCCCAAUGGUUCUCUUGACAAGUACAUCUUUUCAUCGGAGAAGAGGUUUUCUUUGGACAAGCUCAAUGAGAUUGCUUUGGGCAUUGCCAGGGGGAUUAACUACUUACAUCAGGGGUGUGACAUGCAGAUUUUACAUUUUGAUAUCAAGCCGCACAACAUCCUUCUUGAUAACAACUUUGUUCCCAAAGUUGCUGAUUUUGGGCUAGCCAAAAUAUUCCCAAGGGACAAUAGUUUUGUGCCAAUGAGCGCUAUGAGGGGAACGAUCGGAUAUAUAGCUCCAGAAAUGGUGUCCCGCAGCUUUGGCAUCAUAUCCAGCAAGUCGGAUGUGUACAGCUUCGGGAUGCUGCUGUUGGAGAUGGCUGGAGGGCACAGGAACACCAACCCACAUGCAGCAACGUCAAGUCAGGCAUACUACCCAUCAUGGGUGUAUAGCCGUCUGAGACAACAUGAAGUGGGUGAAAUCACUGAUGUUGUUAGUAUGCAUGAGUUGGAGAAGAAGUUAUGCAUUGUUGGGCUCUGGUGCAUCCAGAUGAGGUCUCAUGAUCGGCCAACAAUGAGUGAUGUCAUAGAGAUGCUUGAAGCUGGCGUCGAUGGUCUUCAAAUGCCCCCGAGGCCGUUCUUUUGUGAUUAUGAGGAUGGUUCUGUGGUGGAUUCUUAUUUUUCGUCGGAACUGAAUGCAAUUGAGGAUGAUGAAGAGUGAGAUAGAUGCUUAAAAUGUUUGAGGUGAAUUACUAAGGUUCUAGCUUUUUGUGAGCUCAUGUAAUGAUUGUAUUCAGUAUUUGUUACAAACGUUUAUGCGAGAACAUUCUGUUUUCCUUUAGGAAGAUUGUGGAUUGCAAUGAACUACAAAUUUUGGC